GUGUUGGGGGAGCCAGUAACAGUGUCAGUGGGGAUGAUGCCAGAGCCACUGGAGAUGGUGCGGUUGGAGGACCUCAGGCAACUGGAAAUGACAGGAUUGAUCUUGCUAGUUGUGAGAGAACUUCUAACAACAGAAAAUCAGCAGAAGAUGUCUUAGAGCAUUUUCAACAAAGGUUUUCAGAACUGGCAGCCUCCACUAUUGCUGCUGCAAAUGCUGCUGUCACUAAUGAGUCUGAGGCCAGGAAAUACAGGAUUGGUAAAAGGCCAAAAUACACCCUGCAGGCUAUUGUUCAACCACUGAGGAACUCUUUAGAAUCCACAACACCAAGAUCUGACCUUUGUCUACUGGAUUCACCCAACCCACCUGUAUCUGGGGAUAUUUAUAGCCAAAAUAGACAUGGUCAUUCGGCUUCUGCUGUCAAUAUUUCAGAACUGGAUGCAAGUCUUGACGAACUGAUGACUUUAGAAGAGUACGACCUGGGUUCCGCCAUCUUGAGCUCACAGGCACAGUCGCCUAGAGUCAUGAAAGCUGAAACUGAUUCAGAGCAUAAACCUCGUAAACGAGAGAUGAAAGAUAAAGAAAAGUCCCCUAAGAGAGGUUCCACAUCUGCAACAUCAUCAUCCAAGAAAGACACCACCCAUAACAAUCUGCAGACUUGGACUUUUAACUUCCUGAAACACAAUAAAGAAGAUAAAAAGGACAAGGACAAAAUACCCUCAGCAGCAAAACCACCAGCUUCUAAUAAUGGUGUACUUUCUAGUGACAACUGUAACAACAAUAGUAGCAAUGUGAUAAACAGUAACAUACUUGCCACAGCAGUAACUUCUGGUGUAACAAAUAGUGGACAAACUGCAUGUGGGAUUGCUACAGAGGCUUCUGCUGGUUCACAAACAGGAGGCAACAUCCAGGAGAUGAACCCAGCUUCUAGUGCAUGCACCAGCACAGCCAGCAGCAGCAGCAGUACCAGCGCAGUUGCCAGUGGAAGCAGCACUGCAAUGAUGGAGUUCAGCACUCACGCAUCGAAUAAAGAUAGAUCUGGCAGUGCAGAUGAUUCAUCAGUUGUAUAA